UCGAAAGACGACAAUGACACCUGCUCGCUCUUCCUCCAUCAUCCCCUCUCACAAAUCAACGCCUCUUGUCGACAGUGCAAACGAAACAUUUGCAUCAAGAACAGGCAGUCAGCUCACAAAGUACUUUAGUCAAACAUAACAACAACAUCAGCAACAAUGAGUAGUAGUAAUAUUGACCAAGUUGUGGAGUCCAUUCUGAACGCCAAGACACUCUACGAUGUUCUGGGCGUGGACGCCAAGAAUCUGGACAAGGCGGUUCUGCGCAAGGCAUAUCUCAAGACGAGCGUCGCGGUGCAUCCCGACAAAUGCCAACAUGCGCAAGCCACACAAGCCUUUCAACGUGUUGCCGAAGCCUGGGGCACACUGAGCGAUGAUGGCGCACGUGCCGAGUACGAUGCCGAAUUGAGAAAUAGUUCUUACUCCUCCAAUAAUGGCUACUACAAUGGCAACAAUCAUCAUGGUGACAAGACCCACUACGCCAACGAUUUUGAACGGACCCACAUGCCGUCAUUCCAAGAAGCCCUGUUCAUGUUUGCCACGGCCACAUCCAUGUUUUCAGGUGGAGGCCCAACGUCGCGCAGUGGAAAUGCCGUCAAUGCCGCCAGUGAUUUCAUGGAAACUAUCUUUUGGGCCCAACGGUUGGCCGAAGGACGCAAUGACAACAACAAUAACGACAACAACAACCCCAACAACGAUUCAAACAACAAUGGAAAUUAUGCACAGGACCGCAGUGGAGAUUUUGACAACAGCAACAACAACAACAACACUAAAAAUUCGUCCACUACCGGUUCCAUGGGUAUGGAUGCCGCCGCCAAAGAUCCAUUGAGUUCGGGAAUGGCACUGGGCAGUGGACUGCGUGCCAUUGCCGGAGUCCAACGUGCCAUGGGCAUGCGCAAAAGUGCCGCAGCCACGGAAAAGGCCGCCACUGGAGUUCAAGUCGCUGCCAUGGGAGCCGCCGUGGCUCAAAAAGCCAAUGAAAAUCCAGCCGUUCGUCGGACACUGGAACGAGGAUCCAAUGCUCUCAAAAACAAUCCACAACUCGCCAAAGGACUGCGAGCGUCCUUGAAAAUGGCGGGUAGUGUCCUUCAGACCAUGCAACAGGCACAGCAAGAAGCACAGCAACAACAAUCACAACAGAAUGGUACUUCUAGUAGCAAUUCGAGACGAUACUAGAGUAUCGGAAAAGUUUCCAGAGAGCUGCCAGCAGUUGGCGAAGCUAUCACCUACUUUAUAACUCAUAACAAAAUAGCGGUAUAAUAUUAUCAAUAGAAUUUACUAUCUUUG